UGCCUCCCCGCGCAGCCUCCCGUCUCAAAGCUAAUGUUAAAAGGAGAAGGGGAGCCGGCCUACCCGGCUGCAGCGACGGGUGCUGGAGUUGGCGUGUACUCAAGUACGGCUCGGAGACGCCAACUGGGCCCACUUUACCCAUGAGGAAACACCCACAGAAAGCUUGGGCGUCCUGCUCUGUAUCUUACAGCAAAUAAGCAACGGCAUCUGAUUGUGCAUGCUGGUCUCUUCUGUUGAUGCCAUCUCUUUGCCCAACUGUGCUGCCCAGGGAGGAUUUUACAUAGGUUGAUUUUUUUACAGUAUUGAGAACUGAACCCAGAGGCAUUCUACCACUGAGCUACAUCCUCUGCCCCCAUCCUUUUUUUGUGAUAAGGUCUUGCUUGCUUGGGUGCUUGCUUGGCUUGUUCCAUCAGUACCCAGUUGUCUUCAGCAUGAGGGAGCAGAACUACUCUGAUGGGAAGGAACUUCAGCAUAGAACACAAGCAGAAGCUCCAGGAAUAAAAAGCUGGACCUCCCAGGCCUACACCCUUGGGGGCAUUUCCAACUUUGUGUCUACUUUUCUGACUUUUCCCAUCUAUAAGGUUGUGUUCCGGCAGCAGAUCCAUGCUGUGGCAGUGUCAGAAGCUCUGAGACAGCUUUGGCAUGAAGGGCCUCAGUACUUCUACAGGGGAAUCUACCCGCCUCUUCUUUCCAAGACACUGCAAGGGACUCUACUGUUUGGGACUUACGAUAGUCUGCUGUGCUGUCUCUCCCCAGUUGGGCCACACUCCCUGAGACACCGCUGGGCUGCAGGACUCAUGUCUGGUGUGGUGGAAGCUCUGGCACUGAGCCCUUUUGAAAGAGUGCAGAAUGUGCUCCAGGAUGGUCGUAAACAAGCUCGCUUCCCCAGCACCUUCAGCAUUCUCAAGGAAUUCAAUUCUUACGGUUUUUGGGGGCGGCUGUCCCUGGGAUAUUACCGUGGUUUCUGGCCUGUCCUCGUUAGGAACAGCUUGGGCAGUGCUCUCUAUUUCUCUUUCAAGGAUCCUAUCCAGGAUGGCUUGGCAGAGCAAGGCCUGCCCCAUUGGGUUCCUGCCUUGGUAUCUGGUAGUGUCAACGGAACAAUCACUUGCCUAGUUCUAUAUCCUCUGAUUGUGCUAGUUGCCAAUAUGCAGUCUCAUAUUGGCUGGCAGAGAAUGCCAGGCCUGUGGGCCUCUAUGCAGGAUGUGUGGGACACUCGGGGUCGAAAGGUACUCCUGAUCUACCGAGGAGGUUCUCUGGUCAUCCUAAGGUCCAGUGUGACAUGGGGGCUCACUACUGCUAUCCAUGACUUCCUGCAGAGGAAGUAUCGCUCCAGGAAAGAGCUCAAAGGCUGAUUACCUGCAGGCAGUGUGUCAUGUCAUCUUGGUUCUUCUGAAUCUUUCCUGGUUAGUUUCUACAUGGUGUCCUUCUUUAGGCUUGGUUACCUAAUACAGAUAUUCUUUAGCAUCUGUCAACCAUCAUUGCAUGGUAGAAGUUCCCAACUAUCAGCAUAUUUGACACAAAGUCUAACAAUAUUUCUUGGUUAGAACAAGACAGUUAUUUCAAUCUAUCCCGAGUUUCAGUAGCCUGACAUCCAGGAAGCCCUUAAAUAACUUGUAACCCAAGUUGAAUGCCAUUCCUUUAAGGGAUUCCUUAAUAAAAGAAAGCUUAAAAAGAUGACCUUACUUAUGCUUUUUGAGUUUCUGUAUCCCUCCAUGUAUCUUCCAGGCCAAACUGAGUAGAACUCCAAUUGUGAAGAACUGUUAUUCACUCUGAGAUUUCCAUAAAACUUCUCAGACAGCCACAUUUUCAUGUUGUUCAGUGGCCCUCCCAUAGUCACUGUCACAUCUUCAGGCUGUAGUCUUAGUUUCAGGAUAGCAGCUGUGACUGGAAAACCUAAGUUGGCUUAUUUCACUCAUUGGUUGUCACAAGAACUGAUAGGGCUAGAGAUGGGAGUAAGAAGAAAUGUGGCCCUGGAUACAAAGAAUAAAGAAUUUGAAGGAUGACAUUUAAUUACAUGUAAACAUAGGCAAAUUUAUUUUACGUUACUUAAUGUUAUCCACUGGAAUAUUUUUGAUGGCAAUAACAUUUCCUUGCUGAGAAACUGAGUUUUCCUAAAAUAUAUGGAAGUGAAAUGACCAUCUCUUCAAAAAUAAUUGUCUAUUUUGAUGUGGAUAUAGUUACUAUGGCAUAAAGUUUAGAAAUUUUAAACUGAAUAGCUCUGGAGCUAUUCAAAAUAUGGUCCCCAUAUAAUUUUCAACAUAUUGUCACCCCACUCCCACUCUCAUGGACCCUAUACAUCAACCAAAAUGAACUGUUGUCCUCUCUUCCAACAUGCCAUGCACUUAUCCAUACCAAUACUUUGACCCACUAUUUUCUCCAUCUGCAGGUCUUCUUAUUUUGACCAGUCUGCCAAAAUUCUUCUGGUUCCUAAAGUCUAGUUCAGAUCUCACCUUCUCUAAGUCUUUUCUCUUUUUCCCAACAGAAUGUGACAUUAGUCCCUUACCAUUUCCCUUUAUAAAAUGCAUCAGCAUGCCACUGAUUCCAUUGUGUCACUGAUACAUGUGGCAUUGUGUUCUUGAUGUUCUUUAAUACCUCCUAUUAAACUGUAAAACUUUUUUAAAGCAGGGAUUCUUAUAUGCAUUUUUAAAUCUUCCGUUGUGCCUAGGUGCUUAAUAAUUUUGGCAAAUUUUGGAAUUGAUUAUGAAGCUGUGACAUGAUUUAUAUCCUCAGGGUGUUGUCCCUUCUACAUGAAGAUAAUGUUACUGACUCAUUGUGAGCAAGACGUAUGCCUUUGGGAGUGUGUUUUGUUUUGUUUUAAUAAUGCAUUAAUUUUAUGCUAACAAUAAUGCCAUAAUAGUAAUACUAAUAAAAAUUGCUUUUAAUUGGAA